CCACAUCGAAGAAGAAAUCUCCCCCAAUGCGGAAAUAGAAAGGGGGAUUCCUGGUGCAGGUUAGCUUGGCGUUGUCGCUUUGACAGACAACCACAUCAGAAGAAUGUCAGAACUACCGAUGGGAAAUUAAUUUCAUCAGAUUUUAAUAGAAAUACAACCUGGAAGUGGUGUCAGUUGCGGAAAAUACGCUUGGUCUGCCACAGUCAACCCAGAGCUAAAUUAGCUAACACCAACUAGCUAUACGUAUACAGAUAAAAGCAGCAUGGUACAGCCCCAGACAGACACCUGGGACAUGGCCGGGGACGAGGGAGGCGGGGCUCUCCGGGUUCCACCUGAGCUGGCAGCCAAUGAGGUGGUGACCAGACUACUGGGAGACAACCAGCAGCUCCGAGAGGCGCUGCAGCGCAGCAACCAGGCCCUGCGUCAGCGCUGUGAGGAGAUGGAGGAAUGGCAGCGGAGGUCUAGAGAAGAGAGAGAGUUCCUCAGCUGUCGUUUCCAGGAGGCCCGGGCGCUAGUGGAGAGACUGGCCAGGGAGAACCAUAGCCUCACCAGCCUGGCCAGCCCCUCCAACCCCGGAGCCAACCAAGGCCUGCUGGUCAACGGCCCCAGUUUCAGCCAGGACUCCUGCCCCAACUCCACCAACUGCAGCUCCAAUGGGGGUCCUGGGAGGGGAGGGGAGCAGGAGAAGAGCUCAGAGACCAACGGAACCAUGGCAUCCUCACUGGUGACAGAGAGAGGGAUGGAGAAGAGAGCAGAGGAGAAUGAACAGAUGAUGCUCCACAGCUUGCCCUCAGAACGAGGGAACGGGUUUCUCCAGCUGCUGAAGAGCCACAAAGAGAAGUUGGAUGAAGGGAUGACAGAUCUGAGGUUGAGGAAUAAAGAGCUGGAGAAAGAGAGGGAUGAGGGAAAGCAGGAGAGAGACUGCCUUCGUCGCUCAGUUGAGGAACUCAAAACCAAGCUGGUUCAGGCGCAGAGCUGUGGUGUUACCGAGGAAACGGUUCAACAUUCCGAUGCCCCUCCCCCAUCUGACAGCUCCCACCUGGCCAAACUCACAGAGCAGCUACAAGCCACACAGUGCAGGUACAGAGAGCUGCAGGAGAAGUUAGAUUCCCUCCAGAAGAGUUCAGCUCAGAGAGACAGAACUGAAGUGCUGCUUAAACAGAAGGACAAAGACUGUGCCCAGCUGGCUAAGGAUGGCGAGGCGCUGAAGGCCCAGGUGACGUCUCUUCUGGGUGAGCUGAGAGAGAGACAGAGCUGUCUGGACCAGAGUCAGCAGGACCGCAACAUACUGGACGACAAGCUGAGCAGUACUCGGGAGGCGUUGGCAGCAUCAGAGAGAGAGAUGGAACAACAGAGGAAGCAGCACUCUGUGACGGUAGACAAACUACUGCUGCAGACACACAACCUAGAGACCGCCCUGAAGACUGACCGCCUGGUUAUUACUGAGGAGAGGAGGAAGCUAGCCCAGCUGCAGCACGCCUACACCUGUCUGUUUAAGGACUACGACUCCAAACUCAAGACUGAGGGAGGAGACAUGGUUGUUCGUCUGGAGGAGGCAGAGAGAGCGUUGGCUCUGAAACAGGAUCUGAUUGACAAGCUGAAGGAAGAGGUGGAGCAACAGAGAGGAUCUCUAGAGACCGUUCCUGUUCUGACUGCCCAGGCUGAGAUCUACAAGGCAGACUUCCUAGCGGAGCGGGAGGCCAGAGAGAAGUUGAACCAGAGGAAGGAGGAGCUUCAGGACCAUCUGAACAAAGCACUGGCUGAGAUGGAGCGUCUGAAACAGGAGGGGACCUCACGGGCUCGUAUGGAGGAGAUGCAGCAGAGACACCUGGAGGACUUCAUACCACGACCCAACAUCCCCCCACAACCAGGGGUUGCCUUUAACACGGUUCCUCCCCCUUCCUCCUUCCGCAGCGUGGGAUUGGCUGCAGGAGUGGCAGGGGGUGUCUCUGGAGGCGGGGCUGAAGAGCUUCCUGACUACCGCUGUCCAAAGUGCCAGUACCAAGCCCCCGACAUGGACACACUGCAGAUACAUGUCAUGGACUGUAUCCAGUAACACACACACACACAGUCACUCACACUAGUGAUGAGCGGGUCAGCUGUUUGUUCACCCACACCUGCCUGCAGUUGCUAAUCACCCAUCACCAACCGCCCGACUACAUGUGAUAAAGAGAAGGUCUGAGGUCGUUACCUGCUAAUAUAGAAAAUACGCUGAAGGCUACAGUCAAAGCUGGCAUAACGAUUAUUUUUAUGACAGGCCUUUUUAUAUAGGACUAAUGUUUCUGCUUCUUACCAAAGUGUGUAGGCUAUUUGUUGGUUGAUGUUGAAUUAGAUACAUGCAGCUACUCUUCUGUCAUUAUGUUAACCUAGAAGACAACCACUUACUCACCAGAAUGUCAUAAACCAAUAGAAUGAAUGCUUCAAUCUACUUGAUAUCGGUCAAGUUUGUUUUCUCUUAAAUCUCUGCUUCUGUCACACAGGAACGGCGUUUAGGGACCGGGGAGAAAAUGCAAUAGUCCCCCCCUAAAAUACAUGAAAUAUUUUCUGUGCAACAUUUCCAAAUGAAAUCAGUUUGACCAGUUUUAAGAACAUUAAAAGCUGUUAAAACAACCAAACAUGUUUCUGAUCAGAUUUCAGUUCGGCUUGGAUGCGUAUUUUAACUGUCAGCUUUUAUGAUGCUGAUAAAAACAGCACCUCUACAGACGGUCCCUAGCCGCGCAUUCUCUCAAAAUACUGAAAGAAAGAUAGAUUUCUCCACUCCGAGUCAAAAUGUACAUUUGGUGUAUAAUUUUACAGCAAGAAAUCCUUAAUUCUCCAGGAGUUCAUAUUAAGGCUAUGUGAAAGGUUAUAGACCUGUAGUUAGUUAGUCCACAUUUCAGUUUCCAUUCAACCCAUCUGAACACCACAGUUCCCUUGACAGGUCAUGGGUCUAUUUGAAGUCCCCAUCUUGUGACUGUAAUUUGUACAGCGCCUCAAUCAUCCUCUUUAACCACGUCACUAAAUCUUCCCCAAAACAUUACUGUUCUGGUCCUCCCGUCUCUUUAAUUUCAACUCUCCAUUUCACAGCUUUUCUCUUAUUGAAUUCAACUCUGAUAUUGUCAUUUAACUUUUUCUGCCCAAGUUCCCAAAAACAUUUGGCAAUUGUUGUGUAUUUGGCACUACAGUUAGACCCUAAAGCUGAGACUACACACUGACACCAGAUACAGUUAGACCCUAAAGCUGAGACUGACACCAGAUAUAGUUAGACCCUAAAGCUGAGACUGACACCAGAUACAGUUAGACCCUAAAGCUGAGACUGACACCAGAUACAGUUAGACCCUAAAGCUGAGACUGACACCAGAUACAGUUAGACCCUAAAGCUGAGACUGACACCAGAUACAGUUAGACCCUAAAGCUGAGACUACACACUGACACCAGAUACAGUUAGACCCUAAAGCUGAGACUGACACCAGAUAUAGUUAGACCCUAAAGCUGAGACUGACACCAGAUACAGUUAGACCCUAAAGCUGAGACUGACACCAGAUACAGU